AUACAAAGCGAAAACGGGACUAGCAGUAAACCAAAUAUAAGAGACAGAGAAUGCAGGCCAAAAAAGCGUUAUAUUCUCGUCAUUGUGAGCUGCGCCUUCCUGGCCUACGCCUACUUCGGUGGCUAUCGGCUGAAAGUGUCGCCGCUGCGUCCACGCCGCGCCCAACACGAAUCGGCCAAGGAUGGGGGCGUGCAACCGCCGUACGAGCAGCUGCCCAGCUUCCUGGACCAUGCAGAUCCACUGGGGCCACUCGUCGGCCACGGGAAUGGAUCUGCGGCAGUUUUCGGAGCACUGGGACACAACGACUCGCGUCGCAGUCGAGGAUCGGAUUGUAGGAUGGAGACCUGCUUCGAUUUUACACGCUGCUACGAACAGUUCCUCGUGUACGUAUACCCGCCGGAGCCGUUGAAUUCGCUGGGCGCUGCACCGCCCACAUCGGCCAAUUACCAGAAGAUACUCACUGCCAUUCAGGAGUCGCGCUACCACACCAGCGACCCGACAGCCGCCUGCCUUUUUGUGCUGGGCAUGGACACCCUGGACAGGGACUCCCUCUCCGAGGAUUAUGUGAGAAAUGUGCCGUCGCGCCUGGCCCGCCUGCCGCACUGGAACAAUGGCCGAAAUCACAUCAUCUUCAAUCUGUAUUCGGGCACCUGGCCGGACUAUGCGGAAAAUUCGCUGGGCUUCGAUGCAGGCCAUGCCAUUCUGGCCAAAGCCAGCAUGAGUGUGCUCCAGGUGCGUCAUGGCUUCGAUGUCAGCAUUCCGCUAUUCCACAAGCAAUUCCCACUGCGGGCUGGCGCCACGGGCUCUGUGCAGUCCAACAAUUUUCCAGCCAACAAGAAGUACCUGUUGGCCUUUAAGGGCAAGCGCUAUGUGCAUGGCAUUGGCUCGGAGACACGCAACUCGCUCUUCCAUUUGCACAAUGGACGAGACAUGGUCCUGGUCACCACCUGUCGCCACGGCAAGAGCUGGCGAGAGCUGCAGGACAAUCGCUGUGACGAGGACAAUCGCGAAUAUGACAGAUACGACUACGAGACUCUACUGCAAAAUUCCACAUUCUGCUUGGUGCCGCGCGGCCGUCGCUUGGGUUCGUUUCGAUUUCUCGAAGCCCUGCAGGCGGGAUGCAUUCCCGUGCUAUUGUCCAAUGCCUGGGUGUUGCCUUUUGAAUCGAAAAUCGAUUGGAAACAGGCCGCCAUUUGGGCCGAUGAGCGGCUCCUGCUGCAGGUACCCGAUAUCGUGCGCUCCAUCUCAGCGGAAAGGAUCUUUGCCCUGCGCCAGCAAACCCAAGUCCUGUGGGAACGCUACUUUGGUUCCAUCGAGAAAAUCGUCUUCACAACCUUCGAGAUCAUUCGCGAACGCUUGCCGGACUAUCCGGUGCGCAGCAGUCUGGUGUGGAACAGCUCACCCGGCGCCCUGCUCACGCUGCCCACCUUUGCCGACAGUUCAAGAUUUAUGCCUUUCAUGCUCAAUUCGAUGGGCGCGGAGCCGCGGCACAACUACACGGCCGUCAUAUAUGUGCAAAUAGGAGCCGCCAUGGGCCCAAAUGCGGCACUCUACAAGCUGGUGAAGACCAUAACGAAGAGCCAAUUUGUGGAUCGUAUUCUUGUGCUGUGGGCGGCUGAUCGUCCAUUGCCAUUGAAGAAGCGUUGGCCCCCCACCUAUCACAUACCCCUGCAUGUGGUUGCCCUGGGGGGAAACACACGGAGUGGAGCUGGGCCAACGGCCCAAACGACUGAGGAACGACCGAGCAUAUCGCAACGAUUCGUGCCCUACGACGAGAUACAAACAGACGCUGUGCUGUCGCUGGACGAGGAUGCCAUACUCAAUACGGAUGAACUGGACUUUGCCUACACCGUGUGGCGGGAUUUCCCGGAGCGCAUUGUGGGCUAUCCGGCGAGGGCACACUUCUGGGAUGACUCCAAGAACGCUUGGGGUUACACGUCCAAGUGGACGAACUACUACUCGAUUGUGCUGACGGGGGCGGCCUUCUACCACCGCUAUUACAACUACUUGUACACCAACUGGCUGUCGUUGCUGCUACUAAAGACUGUACAGCAGUCUUCCAACUGCGAGGAUAUCCUAAUGAACCUGCUGGUCUCGCAUGUGACCAGAAAACCGCCGAUUAAAGUGACGCAGCGCAAGGGCUACAAGGAUCGCGAGACGGGCCGCUCACCCUGGAAUGAUCCCGAUCAUUUUAUACAGCGCCAGAGCUGUCUGAAUACCUUUGCAGCAGUGUUUGGCUACAUGCCGCUGAUACGUUCCAAUUUGCGUAUGGAUCCCAUGCUGUAUCGUGAUCCAGUUUCAAAUUUGCGCAAAAAAUAUCGCCAGAUUGAGUUGGUUGGCAGCUAGCGUUAUGUGAAUACUGGCAAUAGCUACAAGCGUUAAUAGUACUGAAUACAUAUACACCACACACACACAUACACAAACAGAGUAACACACACACACACACACUCAUAGCCACUUAGAAGAAAUUAAUGCUGUAUGCAAAAACUAUGUUAAUUAUUAUUAGUAGCGAAACGAGAGAUCGAUACGAGACGUGAAGUUAGUUAGGAUCCGCAGCAGCAGCAGCAGCAACAACAGCAGCAACAGCAGCCGGAUGUAUGUAGUAUGUAUGUAAAUGUAUGCUUUUUGUGUACAUCAGUGUAGAAGCAUUCGACGCUGCAGUUAUACAGUUAUGUAUGUAUAUGUAACAGCAGUGUGUGUAUAUAUUAUAGGACUCUAAAUACGAUACGAUUAGCUAUGUAGUUGUGAAACUGUCAGAGGGAACAGGAACAGGAGCAGCAGCUGUUGCAGUCGCGGUCGCAGUCGCAGUCGAUUUUGCCAUCUUUUUUCGCUAAUUUCAAAUUAGCCAAAAGCUGCUAGACAUGAACUUUUUCUAUAUGUGUAUUAUGUGUAUAACUCUAUAACUGUAUUUCUAUAUAUAUAUCUGUAUGUAUAGUUGCGUAAGUAGCCGACUUUUUUGUACCGUGUGCGCGUUGAGUUUUCUAUUUGUAUGUAAAUGUUUGUAUUGUAUUCGUACAUACAUAAAUGUACAAUAUGUAGUAUGUCGCCACGUUGUUGCCACACUCUGUAUGUACGUAUAGCCAUAGCUAUAGCUAGCUAUCUAGUGAUUAUCCAUGUAAAUGUGUGUGUGCAACCGCCGCUCAGUUUCAGUUCCAAACUCGAGGCUCCAUCCAAUUCCUUAAUGCAUAGUGCCCGAAUCCAAUGUAAAUUCAAUGUCAAAUAAGUAGGAUGAGCUCUUCGAGCAGCCAUUCAGCCAAGUGUGCACAAAAGCCAGAGCAGCAGGAGGAGGAGUGUCCUACUCCUAGCAUAGAUUAGCAAUAUUAAGUUUAAGGUAUUUUUAAUAGCUUUUUCAUUUCCACUUUGUUAUGUGCAAUUCUUAUUUGGACAACUCAGCUUUUAGUUUAUAAUUCGUGGCCAUUUAGCUAUCUAUCAAGAUGCAAUCACUUUUUUUUAAACACACUCGCAUAUCAGAUGAGUUGAGACGAGAAAAGAAGAGAUGAUACGAGAGAGAUUUUGUUACUUUAAGCCCAAUCUAUACUAUAUCAAAAGUAUAUCUCUUUCUACAAUAUAUAAAAAUAUUUUUUACCACAAAAUAUACACGAAAUGCAUAUGAACAAUUUGUACAGUUUUUAUUUAAAUAUUCUAUUAUUAUUUUAUUAUUAUUUCCAUUUUUUAUGUGCGCAGGGCAAUAAUCGGAGAGGAGUGCUUCAACAUAUCAAAGCGAGUUGGGUUGGGCAUGAGAUGAACACCACAAUUUGGUGGUGCUAAAUAUAAUAAUAAUGGUAAAGGGAAAUCGGCAAAUAUUUGAAAUAAAUCCAUUGCGAAUGAACCAGUUUCAGGCAGUAUGAAAUGUUUUAGCCAAUCAAUAACUAACGUUUUUCUGGUCUCUAGAUUCUAUUUGGUAAUGGCUUAAAUCGCCAGCACUCUGAUUAAAUGUCCCAUCCAUCUUUUCGCGCUGGUUCUUCGCACUAAAUUGAAAUGAAAUCGUAUAUAAAAUGCCAAAUGCCCAAAACUCGAAAAACUCUUGACUGCCAAACGGCAAAAUUGUUUCGCAUUUAACAGUCAAAUAUGCUUAUCGGUAAUAUGUACAUACAUAUACAUACAUAUGUCACUAUAUCUGAGGAUGCAUGUGUAUGUGUGCGUGUCCGUGUCCGUGUGUGUGUGUAUGUGUGCAUGUCAGAAACAGAUAGAGAGGCUGACGGAGAGACGGACAAACGACAAAUGCAAUUCCCAUCCGCAUUCACAUAAAUCAAACAUUUUUGCCGUUGACUGCGAAUAACAAUAAUACUCAGAAAUGCCAGAUAAACGAAUAUAUGCCAGAUGCAUUCCAAUCUGAAUGUGCGUGAGUGGCCCAAGGCGAAGGAUGUGCACCACACGGAUACACCACACACAUGCAUAAAUGCAUCCAUAAAAACACACACAAACACACACAAUCUGAGAAAUGUGGAACUGAGGGAGGAGAAACCAGAGAUUUUUGUACAGUGUGUUUUAUUUUUUGUAUCUGCCUGUAACACACACACACACAUAUUUGUAUUAUAACUCGAGUAUAUGUAUGUAUAAUUGUAUUUGUAUUUGUAAUUUUUGUAUUUGACACAACAAACUAGCAGGCAAACGGACACACAGAACAACAGACAAAUGCACUUUUUAUACAAACUUAAAUGAUAGAACUAAAUCAAAUGGAAACUUUGGAGACAUACAACAAAAAAACACAAAACCAAAACAAAACCAAGACAAAACAAACACGACCAAAAAUAUGCAAAAAGGCUCCUCGACCCGCCCCGCCCACACAAAGAAACAAAAGAAAAAACAGAAGAAACAAACAAAAAACCGAGAAAAAGGCCAACAAGAAGAAACCAUUCAAAAGGCCGUUCAACAAUAACAAUACAAUUAACGUAAAUUAAAGUAAUUAAUGCCUACUGAACGGUAAUCAAACUUAUUGCAUAAAAGCAUUAAACUUAAACCCAAUGGAAGGGGAAUACAAAUAUGAAUGAACAUGAAUAUGAAUAUGAAUGUUGUGAUACGAUUGAUUGGACUAUGUAUGCAUGGCCUCCCAUAGCAUAGAAUGUGUACAUAAAUAUGUAUAUCCUCGCCCUAUGCAAUCCCUCCACCAAUCAACCUACCCUCAGCCCUCAUCCCGUUGUUGGUUUUCCCCAUAAAUGUCUGUAUGUACGUUAUGAAGAUAAUUGUGCAUAAUGAAUUAUUUUGCCGCAUUUAACUGCACGAAAAGGCAAUCCCAUGUGCUUUGAAAAAGUUCGCCUGGGUUUUUCUUCGGUGCUUUAUAUGCAGAUUUACGCAGCUUUCGUAAGCGACAUGGGAAUAAAGAGAAAGCAGGGAGUGUAGCAGAGUGGGGAGCUCGCAACGUUAAUGGCCAUUUGAAUGGGUGCAUUUGGAGCAGUCGGUCGUUGCGGGCAAUCGAUUUAUGAAAUUG